CGGAGAUGGAGUUAAAAUAGAAGAAUUAUUACCAGGGUCGGUUGCGUCGCCGUUCAGGAAAAUUGAAUUCAAUCUGAAACGCCCUGUGGUCAUAGUUCCAAUUCCGAAAGAAUUUCGGGGUGUUUCCGAUUUCCAAACACUCACUCACACCCAUCCUUCUUUCUUUCACCGCAAUAUUUUUUCCUUUUUGAAUCAAACUUCGGUUUCUUAAUUUCUCAUUAUCAUAUCUUAGAUCUUCAGUUUUGGAUCCACGCAAUAAUUUGGGGGAAAUUGAAUUGAAGCAUCAUCAUCAUCGUCAUGGAUAGCAUAAUGAGCAAGCUCCGCAACCUCGACGCGUACCCUAAAAUCAACGAGGAUUUCUACAGCCGCACGCUCUCCGGCGGUGUCAUCACGCUCGCUUCCUCCAUCCUCAUGCUCUUGCUCUUCUUCUCCGAGCUCCGGUUGUAUCUUCAUGCGGUGACCGAGACCAAGCUUGUCGUAGACACUUCCAGAGCCGAAACGCUGCGUAUCAAUUUUGAUGUUACGUUUCCUGCGCUUCCAUGUUCCAUACUCAGUCUUGAUGCAAUGGACAUCAGCGGAGAGCAGCAUCUAGAUGUUAAGCACGAUAUAAUCAAGAAGAGAUUAGACUCUCACGGCAAUGUGAUAGAAACAAGGCAAGAAGGAAUUGGUGCUCCCAAGAUUGAAAAGCCCUUGCAAAGGCACGGAGGCAGGCUUGAGCACAAUGAGACUUAUUGCGGUUCCUGUUAUGGUGCUGAAGAGUCAGAUGAUGAUUGUUGUAAUUCCUGUGAGGAUGUUCGUGAAGCAUACCGUAAGAAAGGUUGGGCACUUUCAAAUCCUGAUUUAAUUGACCAGUGCAAAAGAGAAGGAUUCUUACAAAGAAUCAAGGAUGAAGAAGGUGAAGGAUGCAAUGUGUAUGGUUUCUUGGAAGUAAAUAAGGUUGCAGGGAACUUUCAUUUUGCUCCUGGGAAAAGCUUUCAGCAAUCUGGUGUACAUGUACAUGACCUACUGGCUUUUCAAAAGGAUUCUUUUAAUUUAAGUCACCACAUCAACAGAUUAGCUUUCGGAGAGUAUUUCCCUGGUGUUGUUAAUCCUCUUGACAACGUGCAUUGGACACAAGAAACACCAAGUGGUAUGUAUCAGUAUUUUAUUAAGGUUGUGCCUACAGUAUACACUGACGUGAGUGGGCAUACUAUCCAGUCAAACCAGUUCUCUGUGACAGAACACUUCAGGACUGGAGACGUGGGUCGUCUGCAGUCCCUUCCCGGGGUUUUCUUUUUCUAUGACCUCUCUCCAAUUAAGGUUACUUUUACAGAAGAAAAUGUCUCAUUCUUACAUUUUCUUACUAAUGUUUGUGCCAUAGUUGGAGGUAUUUUCACCGUUUCUGGAAUACUAGAUUCAUUCAUCUAUCACGGUCAAAGGGCUAUCAAGAAGAAGAUGGAGCUUGGUAAAUUUAACUGAUGGGAUUUGAGUAAUUUCGAGGGAAUGGCUCUCCAGAGACAAAUCUAUUCAAGGUUAACUACUGAUUAAAAUUCCCCUUGGGGUUCUGAGUUCUUCGGUUUCAACAAAAGGAUUUUGCCCUUAGACCAAGGUUGAAAUGCUAAGAUAUCAUGUGCAACAAAUGCCACUUUGCCUUGAUUCAUAUCUUUUCUGACAGCUCUGAUGUUGUGAAUGUUACCUGCUUUAUGGAAAGUAGAGGGGCUUUCCCUUGCUGAAGCAUCAAAAGGGAGGAAUCCAUUAGGGAAAUAUAACUUCAAUGAUAAUCUAAAAUGAGAUAUAACUGUUUAGGUGCAUUUGUUUUCUCUCUUUGGUCGUGAAGAAGUUUUCUAGCAUGUUUGGGGUGGCAGUAAGGUGAGUCAAAAUCAAUUAUGAAGCCAUGGUAAAUGUGAAGUAACCCCCAUGAUUUUAGAAAAAUCAUGGUGACACUGGUUUUGAGGUAGCCACCAUGAUUUUAAAAGAUAUUCAAACAUGAUUUUAAAAGAUAUUCAAACAUGCUAUUAGUUAUCUA